GUGCCGGGCCGCGCCGCAGAAAUUGUGCAACAGCUUUGAUUAAAGAUGACCUCCUUGUUCACUCAAGAAAUUCGCCUUUCUAAAAGACAUGAGAAAAUAGUAUCGCAAAGAUUGAUGUUACUUCAACAAAUGGAGAGUAAAUUGGGAAAUCAAAACACAGAAAAGCCCUCUCAGCAGCAAGCUGAAACAGCUUUCAAAAGGAAUCUUAGCCUUUUAAAGGAUAUAGAAGCAGCUGAAAAGUCUCUACAGAGCAAGAUGCAGUCACAUCUACCACCUGAGGUAGUUUCUCUUGAGACUUGUUACUGGGCAUCAGUGGAAGAAUAUAUUCCCAAAUGGGAACAGUUUCUUUUAGGACAAGCACCAUAUCCUAUUAGUGUUGAAAAUCAAAAAGAAGCAGAAAACACAGUUCUAAAUGGGACACGGUGAUAACAGC